UAGAUUAAUAUUAUCUUGACUAGUAAUUAUUAGGACAUGUUACCUUUUAAAACUAAACUAAAUGCUGACGUUUCUGGUCGCUAUCCAGGAUUAAAGAUUUAUAAGCAAGUGGGGAAGAAAAGCUCCAUAAGUUUAAAAAUAAGAUGUAUAAAUUGUUUAAUAAUGAAGAAGAUAUUAAUCUUUGUUUUUUACGUUUUCGCCUUUUUUGCGCUUAAAAGUUUAUAUAUGACGUUAUCACCCUUAAUUUUUGUAAAAAACUUAAAAAAAGGCCCACCACUUGACUCCGAAAAAAAUAAAGGAAGAAUUGGAGUUGCCGUUGUAAUAGCUUUCGGAAAAUCAUAUAUAAAACCUGCUUUUGCUUGCAUUAAUUCUUUGCUACAGAAUACAGCGCUACCGCAUUCACGUUUACAUCUUUAUUUAAUUAUUGAGGAGGUUAUGCUGUUCCGAGUAGAAAAACUCUUGAGAAAUGAAUAUGAUAACAGCAUCGUAUAUAUAAGACGAUCGUUUGAAAAUUUUAUGGCUUACAACAACACUUUAAGGGUUAAUAAAGGGCCGAACUUUUAUUUAAUUCCUUAUAAUUUGGUCUCGGUCCCUAAACAUAAAGUUUGGGUUGGUCCUCAAAAUUUGGAUAGCUCUAUGAAUUUUAUAAGAUUUCAACUCGUGUCUCUUCUUCCAGAAGUCCACAAAGUUAUAUAUCUCGAUCCGGAUACUAUUGUUCAAGGAGAUAUUGCAUUUCUAUAUGAUGAGUAUCUUAGGAAGAAUGGUAACCAUGUGAUAGCUGCUGUUUCUGGUUUUAAAGAUGAGACGUACAAAAAAUUUAUACUGGAUACCACCAUUCCCGGAAUUGACUGGAAUACUCCUUAUUUUAACGCUGGUGUACUGGUCAUCAACUUGAAGCAGUGGGCUGCCCAAAACAUAAGUGAAAAGAUCUACAGCUGGCUGGAACUGAAUUUGGAAAAGCCCAUCUAUAAGUUUGGUUCACAACCGCCCCUACUUUUAGUUUUCUAUAAAAACUACGAAGAAAUCAAUAAGUCUUGGAAUGUUCGUCACUUGGGCCACAAGGAAGGCAUUAACCAGGAAACAAUACUUAAAGCAAAUUUAUUACAUUAUAACGGCCCUCGCAAACCUUGGCGCCGUAAUCGCAUCCAAGAGUACUACAGCUAUUGGGCGAGAUACUCUUCGUAUGCCAGCAAAGAGUCUGCUACCCUACUUACUUGGGGCUUUGAAGAUGUCCAGGACGAGUUUACCCCUCAUCUGCAUAGAAAAUGGUUGUCUUCCUUGUUGAUCGACGACCAACUGUCGUUUAUGCUCGAGGCCUGCAGCUCAACCAGGACUAGUUGUAGGAGUGAGGCUCGCCGCUUAAAAAUAAGAGGCAGCAACUACUUUAUUAGCCAGGGGAUAAACACAUCGAACUCUACACUCGGAUUGCCUGUGUGACCCAAUUUACUUCUCGAGUUUCAGCUUAUGAAUUUAUCUAAAGUUUCCCUUAUUAUAGAA